GGCCGCGCACGGCGCGGCAGGGACGGCACUGCAGGAGCGGCGCGGGGCCGGGCCGGGCCGGCGGGAAGCGCGAUCCGUCUCGCGCAGGCAUGGCAAUGGCAGAUCCUGCACGGUAGAGUUCAUGGCAAGUAUUUGUCUAAUAUAAGCCAGUCAAGACACAUACAAGCUUCAGAGUGAAGACUGGAACUGCUGAAGGGAGGUGCAUAGCUGCAGCUCAAAGAAAAUGAAUGGCACACUGGAUCACCCAGACCAACCUGAUUUAGAUGCUAUCAAAAUGUUUGUGGGUCAAGUCCCACGGAGCUGGUGUGAGAAGGAUCUAAGAGAACUUUUUGAACAGUAUGGUGCUGUCUAUGAAAUCAAUGUCUUGCGGGACAGGAGCCAAAACCCUCCUCAAAGCAAAGGGUGCUGUUUUGUUACAUUUUAUACCCGUAAAGCUGCACUUGAAGCACAGAAUGCUCUUCACAACAUGAAGAUCCUCCCAGGGAUGCACCAUCCUAUCCAGAUGAAACCAGCUGACAGUGAAAAGAGUAAUGCAGUAGAAGAUAGGAAGUUGUUUAUUGGAAUGAUAUCCAAGAAGUGCAAUGAAAAUGAUAUUCGAGUGAUGUUCUCCCCCUUUGGGCAGAUUGAAGAAUGCAGGAUAUUACGGGGCCCGGAUGGCCUGAGCCGAGGUUGUGCAUUUGUGACUUUUACAACAAGAGCCAUGGCACAAACAGCAAUCAAAGCAAUGCAUCAAGCACAAACCAUGGAGGGUUGCUCUUCUCCCAUUGUUGUAAAAUUUGCAGACACGCAGAAGGACAAAGAGCAGAAACGAAUUGCUCAGCAACUUCAGCAGCAAAUGCAACAGAUCAGUGCUGCCUCAAUAUGGGGAAACCUGGCUGGUCUCAACACACUUGGACCCCAGUACUUAGCACUUUAUUUGCAGCUCCUUCAGCAGACAGCAGCUGCUUCAUCUGGGAACCUGAACACACUAAGCAGCCUCCACCCAAUGGGAGGACUGAAUGCGAUGCAGUUACAGAACCUGGCCGCGUUGGCAGCUGCGGCCAGCGCAGCUCAGAACACACCGAGCGGCACCGCUGCACUCACCUCCUCCAGCAGCCCCCUGAGUGUGCUCACCAGCUCAGCAGGUUCCUCACCUAGUUCCAGUAGCAGCUCCUCUGUUAAUCCAAUGGCUUCUCUUGGAGCAUUGCAGACGCUGGCAGGUGCUACAGCAGGCCUCAACGUUAGCUCUUUAGCAGGAAUGGCAGCCUUAAAUGGAGGACUUGGCAGUGGUGGUCUCUCAAAUGGGACAGGCAGCACAAUGGAAGCCCUCACACAGGCUUAUUCUGGAAUCCAGCAAUAUGCUGCUGCUGCACUGCCCACACUCUAUAACCAGAGUCUUUUAACACAGCAAAGUAUUGGUGCAGCAGGAAGUCAAAAAGAAGGUCCAGAAGGAGCCAAUCUGUUUAUCUACCAUCUUCCCCAGGAGUUUGGGGAUCAGGAUCUGCUGCAGAUGUUCAUGCCAUUUGGAAAUGUUGUCUCUGCCAAGGUUUUCAUUGACAAGCAGACCAAUCUAAGCAAGUGUUUUGGUUUUGUAAGUUACGACAAUCCCGUCUCUGCACAGGCUGCCAUUCAGUCAAUGAACGGCUUCCAGAUCGGCAUGAAGCGGCUGAAAGUACAGCUCAAGCGCUCCAAGAACGACAGCAAGCCAUACUGAGCACCCCUCCCCUCCGGGACUGGAGUGAGAAGGAUCUUCUGAUUCCUGCCGUUUGUUCAUCGUUGUGCCUAAAGCAUGUCGAUGUGGCGUUCAAGUACAUCGUCCAAAUCCUUGUCUCUUCAGCUUCUCUGAUGCUUGAACUCUCACCUUUGACCUUGUGUUGACCUUUGAUGCUGAUGUGUAUUUUUAUUGUUUGUUUCUUUUCUUUUUUUUUCUUUUUUUUUUUUUUUUUUUUUUUGUGCUGCCAAAUUGGUUUUGCUAGAAAGACUGCUGAAGGGGAAUAUUUAAACUUGCAUUUGAAUAUAAAAGAAUUUCUAUUUUUCUAGACCUUCGUAAGAUAACCACUUGAUUUUGUGAAUCUGAUUCUUUGUAAUUUGUCUUCAGAGCAGCCUUGCUAGCAUACCUUGUGGAGUAUUUGUAUUUCUGUGAACAUACAGCCAAUCACUUUCUAGGCUUAGUUUUUUCUGUGUGCUUAGUUUUAAAAACACAGUUUGAAGAAAAAGUCAGUUAUAUGGUGUGACUCAAUCUUUCAGGAGACUUCCUAGUCACAUUUUGCUGAUCUGGUUUCUGUGCUUGAGGAGACAGCAUGUGUUUUUAUGAGUUCAAACUUGUGACUUGAAGUGGCAUCAACAGAAAACACUUGAACUACGUUUUCCUCUGAUUGUAGCUACAUUUUUGCCCUGGCAUUUACUGAUUUUUUUUUAAUUAUUAUUAUUUUUAUUUUUUCCCCUGCUUCCCUGUGUGAUUAUCAGUCUGCAGUGAAAAUUUGAUCAAAGUUGAUGUUGUAUUUUGUUAAGCUCUGGCAUGCUUGGUUUUUUUGUAACUACAAUCUCCUCAGCAAAAUGUGAUGUUUUUGUUUUAAUCUUUCAAACUAAGAUAGUGCCCAGAAAUGUUGUGCAUGUUUCCUGCUGUUUUCUUCACACCCUCGUAUAUAUCACCUUCACCUCUCUGUUUUCUAUAGUUUGUGCAAAAACUGAGCAAUUUAAUGGGUUUCAAAGGUAUCCUUUAAAUUGGUGGUUUUGGUAUAACAAAUAUCUGAUCAGAAGCCACCUGAGGGCAUCUACCUGUGCACUUAGACUGUCUGCCUGACAGAGCACCUGGACCUUGCUCCAUCUUCCAGUGCUGUCAGAAGCUCUGAGGGUGCUUGGUUACACUGUAUCCCUAGUGGAAGUUUCAAUGGAAGGGGAUAGCUGGGAGCAGGAAGGUGGGAGAACUCACAGUAUUUCUGUUUCCAAAGCUAUCUGAAGCUAGGGCUCAUUUCAAACACUGAGCAUUUUGUACAACUCAGGGCACAUUUCUGUGAAGUCCAGCCCCAGUCUAAUACCAUCAGUCAGAAUUUGGUGGCAGGAUUCUGGAAGAAUCUAGGUUUGCUCAUUAAAUAAAGUGUUUAAAAUUUCCCAGAGAAAGCAUUUGUAACACUGGUCCUACAACUGCUGGCUCUUUUCCCAAAUGACAAGCACAAUACAACAGCCUCUGAAGCUGUUACCUGAACAGGGUACCGUCCCCAGCUCUCUUUUCAAGGGCCUUAGCUGGGGAAAUCUCUGCGGAGAUUUUUUAGUUUUUGUUUCAUUUUUAAUUGGGUAAUGAGCUGAGCAGUUUUUCUGGCUUGCAGGAUGAACUAGAACAGGUUACUGCUCUCUGGGUAGCAGGCUUCCCCUGCCCUACGUACCAUCUGCACAGGUAGAAACUGGGAAGUAGCUUCUAGAUGAAGGCACCUGAAGAGUGAGUGCUGUGGUGAAGUUUCAGUCAGAAACAGCAGCAAGCUAGUGUAGGUAUCUUAACAGUUGAAAUAAUGUGAAAUGGAAUUCUGCGAGAAGGGUUUUUGCUGAGAAAACAAGUAGAGAUUGAUUGGAUAGAAAUCUUAAUUUUGUCCAGUGUUUGGGAUAAUGUAAAGAUGCAAAGAUUGUUUUCUCUCCUACUUUUGAGCUGGUUGAGGAUACUGUUUGCUCACUAGGUAUUGACCAGACUUUGUAGACAGUCCUUAAUCUGCUUACAAAAGAGAACAAUUUGAAUAUGGUACAUGUACCUGGGAGUGAAUCGUGAGGCUGAAUGAAAAAGGGUAGAGACUCGUUACUUUGGGAAGUAGGGUUGGGGGCUGGCUGCUGUUAGUCCCACAGUCUGAAUGCACAGGGCUGUGUGCCAGGGGGCACUGAUACCCUGCAGUGUAUGGAGGAACUGCCAGUACGUUUCUGUACGUGUGCAUUUGGUUCCGUAAGGAACCUUGGGGAAACCUGUGGAAAAAUAAUCUGAAGAAAACCAAAAUGCCAAAUGUUGGGUGUUUCUUUCCUUUCUUCUUUCCUUUUCUUCCUUUGGUUGUUUUAAUUGUUCUGUGGUGGUUUUAAUGGAUUUGAGACAGUGGAGCAGCAGCUGCCUUUCUGAUUUUUGGCUGCUUUUUGUGAAUAAUUUAAAAAGAAAAUUUACAUUUUGGAGACAAACCUGUGGGCUUUUUUAUUGGUACAAACGUUGUAUUUAACACUAGGGGUUUUGUACAGUUUUUUGCCUUUUCUACUAGAAAACAAUGUAAAGUGAUUCACAAUGUGACGAGAAAACAAAUUGCCACUAUGACCAAAUGUAGAGUCUGUUCUGCAGUUAACAGGAUUUAAUCAACUCGAAGUCGUGGUUCAGUCGUAGAAAUGCUUUUCUUUACCUUGUUUGAGCUGUUCCUUUUUUUCUUGUUUUGAUUUGCAAAACAAAAUGUCUUUUUGUGUGAAAUUGUGUUGUACUCUGUAGAGAAUUACAGAUUUUACUUUAAUGGUUUAAAAAGCAGAGGAGCGCGUGUUGCUUUUCUGAUCUGAUCACAGAGUUUGUGUAGUGGAUUUAAAAAUGAAAAGAUUUGUUACAAGUUUGGAACAAGCGAGUAUGUGUUAAAGGAAUUUUCUUCCUUUUGUGUGUGUGGUCUUUUUUUUUCUUUUUGUCCCAAAGGGCAACUUAAAGCUGUUUUAAUUGCACAGACACACCGACAACAAGUCAUUUUGUAUAUGCCAAGUGUGGUACCUUCCUUUGUUUAUUUGCUAUUAAACUGUUUGAGAAGAGUC